GCGAGCUGCUGGUGUGACGUGUCCCACUGGAAAAGAACGAGUCGUCCGUUUCAAGAUGGAGAAGAUGAACAUGCUUUGUUUCACCAUUAUGCUGAUAGGGUGCUUUUCUGAAGUGAUCUCAGAAUCGAAUUCGGCAACAGAUUUAUGGAAAAGACAUUCUGAAGCAGCCCAAAAGCUCCCGAAAUUGUUCCGAAGGGACGAGGACGAGUAUGACCAAUGUAAGUCCGCGCUGAUGUGUAUAACUGAUUUUAAUCUCAUCAUAGCUCAUGGUGACAUUUCCCGAGGCCUGUUUUUCAGCACAUCCCGAUUUAACGAGAUAUGCAAGAUGGCCAAUGAAUAUUUGACAUGCUACGAGUAUGCUGCGCUUGAGUUCGAGUGUGGUUUCCAAUCUACACUGUAUGCAAAUUUAUCAAGAGCAGCACUGACGUCCUUUUGUGAAAUGCCAGGGAAAUCUGAGCUACCGUCGUUGGUGGAAUGUUUCAACAAACGUUAUAUACAGACGUUUGUAUACGGGGAAUCCAGGGAAACGUAUGGGAAAUGGCUGGCGUAUGAUGAAGUGAAUAUGAAUGCAGAAGAAAAGAGGGAAAAAGUGUGCAGGUCAGAAGGUGAAAUGAUUUAUAGGAGCAUGGACGAAAUUGGCGUGAUGUGUGGAUCAGACGAAUUAACGUUUCUCUGCAAUAUACUGUCAGACACAACGACCAUGGUCGCUAUAUCAAGUAUCUUAGGCGGGGAGAUCUGUCCCGCUGAAAUAUACAGCCUCUGCCGUCAUAGUCGUAAUUAUAAUGUGUGGAACUAUUGACAGUUCGUAGAAAGAAGAAAACAUCUCGGAUGUGCUCGCCAUUGCGAUUUGUAACCACCCUGCCAUGGCCAGUUCAACUUCAGGAGUGUUCCGUUGAAGAUUACAUGUGAUGCAUUUGUCAAUAUACCGAAGCAUUCAUUUAUAAAAUGUAAUCAUAUCCCAAAAUAAAACCACACGCAAUGUAAUAUUUUGUUAAACAAAACAUCAUUCAACACACUGUCGGUAUCUUAACGAGAACUUCAUAUAUCGCUGCAGGGCAGUACUUGUCCUGUUGACUUGUCCGCCAUCUUCGAAGUCACUGAUCAAGGCAUUUUUCCAAGAUUCCAAAUUACUCCAAUAAAGUAACGGUGAUAUCCUCUGCUGGAUCUAGUCCUAUCGAAGCAACUGGUAACAAAUUCUUCCCAUAGGGAUGACCACAUUUGACAACACGACCUCGGAUUUGCAGUUCCACAGGAAUAAUUAAGUACUAAGUCAAAAAAGUGUCUUAAAUUAUAUUCUAAAACU